CUUUCUUCUUUGUCAGCUUUUAGAUCUAUCUCCCUUUUCUUCAACAUGAUGUCCAAAUCUCUCCUGCAACUUCUCAACAUCCUUCUGAUUUUAUCAUUUGUUCUCUCUUCUGCCACUGUCCAAAAUACUAGAAGGCUUUUGCCCAACAGCGAAAAAUUUUCAACCCAAACUACAUCAGUUGAGUUGCAGGGUUCUACUUCUAAGGAAUUUAGAAAUGAUGAAGAAAUGUUUGAUAUGGUAGAAGGGUUCAGGGUAGAGGGAAGAUUUUUUUUGGAAAGUAAUGAUUAUCCAGGGACAGGUGCAAACAACCGGCAUGAUCCAAAGACACCAGGAAGAGCUUGAAGAAUGCAUAAAUUUGUACAGAUUAUAAGACCUAAGAGAAUGCUUCAAAACUUGGUAUGGGAUUUGCAUAUUGUUUAUUCUUGCUGUUAGAAUAUUCCUUCAUCCUAUGUUUUGUAUUGGAUGAAUGUGUUUGUCUGUAGCGAGGUUGCUGAGCUAUUUCAAUUUAGAUAUG